UGACUGACUGACAAUCUGAACUAUAAAGAACACGAGGAAAUAAAACGUCACAAAUCCGAAACAUUCACAGCUUGGGCGCCCAUCACUCAGCAGCAAACAUGGAUUGCGGAAUUCUAACAUCUAAAACCGUCCUUUUAUUUCUCAGUUUAAUAUUUUGGGCUGCUGGAGCGGCCCUCGCGUAUGUUGGCUCUUAUGUGAUAAAGAGCUACAACAGCUUUGAAGACUUUGUGUCUGAUAAGUACUCUGUCAUCCCAGCAGCCAUCAUAAUCGGUGUAGCUGUGGUCAUGUUUGUCAUCGGGAUCGUUGGCUGCUGUGCAACUCUGAGGGAGUCCAAAGUCGGUUUAGGCUUUUUUCUUAUCAUCAUCAUGAUAAUCUUCGCAGCCGAGGUGACCGCUUUUGUGUUUGGCUUCAUCUACAGGGGAAGAAUUAAGGGUGACUUAGAAAAGUCAAUGAGCGGCAUCUUUCAAAAGUAUGAUGAUGUGAACACUGAAACCCAUGCAGUGGAUUACUUGCAAACUCAAUUGGAGUGCUGUGGGGUGAAUAACAUCACAGACUGGACUGCAAUACCAUGGUAUAGCCAACAUAACAACUCUGUGCCUCAUUCCUGCUGCAAAGCAAAUGCUACACAAUGCACUGGCCAACUCACCCAACUAGAUCUUCUGAACACACAGGGAUGUGAAGCUAAACUGGAGCAGAUGCUUCAGGAUGUGCUUAGUUAUGCAAUGUUGGUCAUCCUGGGAUUUGCCAUCAUUAAGCUGUUUGGGAUGCUCAGCAUCUGUGUCAUUGCCUGCAGAAGCAAGAAGAAUGACUAUGAGCCUCUUUACGCGUGAUAGUACAAUCUCCCGAAUCCCUCUCUUGGGACAGUCUCUACAUUCUCGAUACUGUGCAGCUAAACACAGCCUCACUGGCACCAUAAACAAAAGCGGUUUGAAGGUGUGGCAGUAUUCCAAACAUUUAGUUUAAAAAAAAAAAAUAAAAAACUUUUUUUAAUGCCCUUUGGUUUGAAUUUAAAAGUGCAACUUGAACUUGAAGCAAUGCUGACAGGAACCACACAGGGUGUGUGGUCAGAAAAACACUGAACAUUAUCAAAUGAUCAAAGAGGUGACAUUUAGUAUCGACUAUUAAUUUAUGCUAGCCCUUGACAAAUACUUUGUCUAUGUCUCCAACCCCACAAAAGUACUAGGAAAUGUUAUAUAGCAGCACUUUAUCAAAUGUGUUUAAAAUGUAGAUCAUACUUUAGAGUUGAUAGAUGCACUUCAUUUUUAAGGAUUUUAUGUUUCUGUGGGCUUUAAUUUCUACAUUACAUUGUGUUUUUUUUGUGUGCUGCUGCUACUGUCCAAAUUAUAUCUGUCUUAUAGUUGUCUGUUUACAUGCAGUGUAUUUAAUUUUUUUUUUUUUUUGUCAAAUUAUAUCUGUCAUGUAGGUAUCUAUGUUUAUUAUAUUCGUUAAAAUGAUUUAGCACAACAGAAGGAUAUUAAAUUAUGGAAAUAAACUGA